AUGGCAGAGCCCCGCAUGUUCAAAACCUUCUACGGCUGGGCCGCAGUGACAGGCAUAGGCUUCGUCACGCUGUACUUUGUCCGCAAGUCGAUAGCACAGCGAAGGAGAGAGGAGCUGCUGAGGGAGUUGGGCGAGGAGCGGAGGAGGAUUACUACCAUUCGGUAG